AUGUCCGCCGACGACGACAUCGCGGCCAAGGAGGCCGAGGCGCUGUUCAAGAUUCACGGCGUGGACCAGCGCAGCGCCGAGCUCGCGUUCUCGCACCCCGCGCUGGGCGGCGAAGACGCGCCCGUGCGCAUGAGGCAGGACGGCUCCACGAGCAAGGCGUUCGUGCCGGGCACCUCCACGGUGAUAUGGCCGUGCGCCUACAGCCUCGGCGAUUACCUCUGCGACGCGACGACCGCGUACAGGGCGAAGCUCGGCGACGGCGUCGGCGACGCGACGGAGGCGGCGCGAGUCGGCGCGGUGACCGCCGACACCGUCGCGGUGGAGCUCGGCGCGGGGCUCGGGCUCGGAGGCAUGGUCGCGGCGCGGCUGGGCGCCAGGCACGUCGCCAUCACCGACUCGACCCCGGCGGCGGCGUCCAGAAACGUCCAAGCCAACGGCCUGGGUAACGCCCACGUCUCGGAGCUCUGGUGGCGACGCGCGGCGUGGAGACGCGCGCCGAAGAGGGACGGCGACGAGAGCGAGUCCGACAUCGACGACGAGCCGAACGAGGUGCCCACCGCGGAGGACGCGGUGAAACCCCUGCUCGCGUCCUUACCCGACGGCCGAGCGCCGCACAUCGUCAUCGGCAGCGACAUAUGCUACUCGCAGGGUAAGCAGGAGAUGCAGGCGCUCGUGGACACGUUGGCGGCGAUGUGCGAACCGUCGCGAACGACGGCGUACGUGGUCUUCGAAGACAGGGGCGACUGCUGCUGGGGGACGCUGAACCACUUCUGGACGGCGGCGGAGAGCGCGGGGUUGGUCGGGGAUCCGACGCCCGUCGAGGACGUGGAGAUCGACGGGAAGAAGAGGAGCGGGCCGGGGAGGCACAACGACAGCGAGAGGCUGCUCCUGAGGCUCACCAAGCGGGCAGCCGCGUAG